AUGGUCACGACUCCAUUCCAAUCUUCGCCGAGAAAUAGUCUAAAAUCUUCAACGACCUCACUGCGCUCAGUUCAAACGCAAUCUGAUCGUUUGGGGCUCAGGGAACCUAAGCACAAAACAACUAAAUCUUGGUCAAUGUGGGGAAAUAAUGAUGACGAAGAAGUGGAAUCAUCUAAUAGAAAUAAUGCGAAGGAAAAUGGUAAAUUCAAUGGUCAAGAAGGUGCCACUGUUCCAAAUAAAGGCACCAGCUUCCAGGAUAACCAACAGACAACGAUCUUAGAAGAAACGAGCAAGAUUGAGAAAGGUGAGAACAAUAAAGGCGAUAAAAAUGCAGCAGAGGCAGAAGUGACUACCAGAUCUCGAACAUGGCCAUUUUUUUGGGGCAGCAGCAAGAAAGAUCGGGAACCAACUCAUAAUAUUCCUACUGGUACGGAUGAUAACGCCUUAUCACAUCUGGCAAGUAGUCUGAAUCCAGCUCCCUUAACUAAUACUUACAUACCAUACAAACCGGAUGCUAUAUUAAUCAGAGAUAAAAACGUCAAAACCACAAAGAAAUUAACGGAUGAUAUAGGAGAUCAGUUUCCUAAUAUUGUCGUACCAGAUUUUGAUAUUUUACCCAAAAAAACUAUAUGGAACACAGUCACAUCGACCAUUUUAAAAUGGAAGAUGGAAUACUGGGAUAGCAGACCUCCAUCAAGGGUACGAAAAGAAAAAGAACCAAUGCAACGUUCACAGAAUCAGUUUAAAGAGGAAAUAAAUGCAGCUGCAAAUGAGGCAAAAGAUGAGGAGCGCUUAGACCGAAGCAAAGAAUCUUUAUAUAGGGUAGAUCCAUGGAAAAAAAUAAACCUUCUAUCAGAUUACCAGUCCAGGCCUAUCAGAGUUCUUCUUGUCGGUGUUCAUGGCUUCUUUCCUACAAAAAUUAUCAGGCCAUUCAUUGGCGAGCCAACGGGUACAUCUACUAAGUUUGUCACUGAAGCUGAGGAAAUAGUGAAGGAAUACUUUGACCAAUAUAAGGUACCCAUUGAAAUAAAUAAAAUUGCUCUAGAAAGAGAGGGGGAGAUAUUUGAUAGGGUAGAUUUCUUCUACGAAGUGAUGAAGCAUUGGAGCAAAGAAAUAAACAAUUCGGAUUUCAUCUACUUUGUAAGUCAUUCCCAGGGGUGCCCUGUCACUAUCAUGCUUCUAGCGAAACUGAUCAAAAACGGUAUAAUAAACCUUGAUAAUUCUCAAUUUUUCAAUGAUGAAAUUCAAUUUUGUUCCUCUAAGAAAAUUAUAUCGGUAUUAGCCAUGGCAGGUAUCAAUAAUGGUCCAUUUUACGGUGCAGAUCAAACCUUAUUUGUUCGUGCAUACCAGACAAUUGAAAAAGACUCGUUGAGAGAAUUAUUCGAGUUCCAAAAGUUUGAUUCUAAACAAUCGCAAAGCCUCAUAGAAGGCUUAAGAACUAUUAUCUCAAAUAAUGUCAAGAUUACGUUCGUGGGAUCUAUCAACGAUCAGUUAGUUCCAUUAUAUUCAUCAAUAUGUCUUUUUGCAAACCACCCGAACAUAUUUCGAGCAAUAUUUAUUGAUAGAGGAUCACAAACGCCAGCAUUCAUCACUCGCAUAGUUAAAAUAGCUGGUUCACUGCUGGACUUAGGUUAUAACGACCAUGGAAUCAUAAAAGAGAUAAGCGGAUCUUUGGCGGGUACCUUGACAGGAGGUGGUCACUCCACCAUUUACAAUGAGAAACAAGUCUACCAUUUAGGCAUCAAGUUUGCAUUGGAGACAACUGAUCUUUUUGAAAUGUAUCCCGUUGAGUACUCACCGUACAAAUUAUCUGAGUUAGGAGCCAACCCUUAUCGCUUGCCGUGGUGUAUGAGGGGAUUAAUGUAUGAAUCAAACAAGCACUUCAAUAAUGAAGAGAUCAAGAUGUUGUUCAAGGAGUUUGAAGAAUGGGACCCUGAAACUAAACAACUAAAGGACAUAAAAAACAGGCUUAACGGAUUGAAAUACCGACUUUAA